ACUGAGUUUGCACCAUCUGGGGCCUGAAGCUUGCCAGGACUGCUCUGCCUGACCCUGUCUUGACCUGCCCGCAGCUUUGUUCUUCUCAUCACAGCGAGGACAGCAAUUUCUUAAAUUGCCUGUCUGUAUCUGAUUUGUUUCACUUUCAUUUAUCUUUGUGCAGUACAACUGCAGUUUUCUGUAGGGAGCAGAAACAAGCAGUUGCUCUUAGGUGGGAUGAGGUAUUUGGACUCUCUCAUACAAGGGAAUAGCGCAGAGAAACGCAGGCCUGGUACAACAGCAGAGACCUUGCGGGGUGGAGACACGGGACAAAGGGAUGCAGGCAGGGGUGAUAAGGCGUUGUCUGAAUGUUAUGUGGGUGACGCAACACCAAUAAAACACCUGAAGUAUGGUGCAGAACUGUGCAAAGAUGCAUCAGCAGAGAGAGGAGGGGGAAAUGACCCUUUCCUAGCCUAUGCAUGAUAACCAGGUCAGCCUAUACUAGCCUGAAACAUUCUCCUUAUCGUAGAUGCCUCUGGAUUCGGACAAAGUAAACGCUGAGAGCUAUUAGGAGCUGUUGCCACAUUCUGCACAACACUGUAAUGCAUGGCACAGAGCCAGGCUGAAAAAAGCAGCUUAGGGACUCGUAAGUUUCUAUUCCCCUACUGGCGACUGUUCUAGCUUCUUCUGCAGAUUCAGAUACAUGCUGAAGUUUCACUUUCCGGUUCCUGGGAAAUUGCUCACAGAUCACGUGAGGGAUGAGCACAUAAAAGGGAAGUCACAACAACACUGCGCGGCACUCUGGCUUUGAAGGUACCUGAGGGCAAGGAGCAGAGAAAGAAAACCAUGAGUACCAUUUCCAAGAAUUCCUUGAAGAGCUCCCUGUUGAAGCUAGAAUGUCAUUUUACAUGGACUUUGCUGAAGCAGGACGUGGAUCUCGAUGACCUAGAGGAAACAAUAGGCGAUCAGAUCGAGUUUUUAACAAAAUCCAACAUCAGAAAUUAUAAUCUAUUAUCCUAUAUAUGCCAUCUAAAGAAUUCAAAUGAGGAAGCCCUGAGAAAUCUCCAAACAGCCGAAGAAUUAGUUAAAAAACAUCAUCCAGAUGAAGCUGCCAAAAAAAGUCUUGUUACCUGGGGGAACUAUGCCUGGAUCUAUUACCACAUGAAGAGAUAUGAAGAAGCUCAAACUUACGUGAGCAAAGUGGAAAAGAGCUGCAAAAAGCUUUCAAGUACUGCCCAUUGGAAGGUUCAGCUUCCAGACAUCUAUGCUGAGCAAGGAUGGGCAUUAUUAAAGUUUGGGAGAAAAUACUAUGAGAGAGCAAAGAAUUGCUUUGAAAAUGCUCUGAAGAAUGAACCCAAUAACCCAGAAUUUAAUACUGGCUAUGCAAUAGCAAUGUAUCGUUUGGAAGAAUUUUCCUGCCGUCCACAUGAAGAUGUAAGUGCACCCUCCCUUCAGCCCCUGAAGCGUGCAGUGGAACUAAAUCCAAAUGAUACUUUCAUUAUGGCAUUACUUGCAUUAAAACUUCAGGACUACAAGCAAGUUGAUGAAGGGGAGAGAUACAUUGAAGAAGCAAUGCAGAAAACUCCUGAUCUUCCUUAUUUCCUGCGGUAUGCUGCCAAAUUUUACAGAAGGAAAGGAGAAGUGGACAAGGCACUGGAGAUUUUGAAAAGGGCCCUAUCAGUGACACCAAAAUCUGCCUUCUUGCAUCACCAACUAGGACUGUGCUACAGAGCAAAGCUGUAUCAUUUGAAAAAGACUACAAGAUAUCCACCUCAAGAGCAACUGGAGGAACUCAUCCGACUUUCCAUUUUUCAUUUUAAAACAGCAACUGACCAAAAGACAAAAUUUUUUUCUGCCUAUACUGACCUAGCAAGCAUGUAUGCAGAAAAAAGGAUGUACAAAGAAGCAGAGGAGGCGUUUCAGAAAGCACUUGACACAAAUAUUAUGUUGUAUGAUGAUAAACAACAGUUCUACUACCUUUAUGGAAACUAUCAGCGUUUUCAUAUGAAAUCAGAAUCUGAAGCCAUUAGGUGUUACCUGGAAGGGCUGAAAAUUGAAAAAGAAUCUCAUGCAAGAAAUAAUUGCAGUGAUGCUCUGAAAAAAUUGUUGGAACAGAGAGUUCGGAGAGGUUUAGAAGAUGCAACAGAUUUUGGUGCACUUGGACGUCUUCAUAAUCUAAAUGGUGAGAAACGUAAAGCAAUUGAGUGCUAUGAGAAAGCCAUGGCAUUGUGUCCCAACAAUGAAGAAUAUCUGAGUGCAUUAUGUGAGCUACGACUUUCCAUCUCAAGCUAAAGUUCCCAAAAAUCCUUCACACCAGAAAAAAAACCAAACCCAAGGACAUUUCAACACUCUCUCAAUUUUUUUUCCUUUAUUUAUUUAAUUUUUUUUAAAGAUUGAAGUUAUAACCAGAUGGAACAUUUGGUGGCAUCCCUAGAAACUGCAGAUGAUGACUGUUCAUUUGUUCAUUCAACAACAGAGCAAGCUUGGAAAGACUAAAUAAUAGCUAUCUUAGUCUUCAAUGUUAAUGUUGGUAUAAAGGUGAUGUUUAAGUAGAAUCUGUAGAGCACAGAACUUCUAAGCUGGAAAUCAGAUCUUACCUUCUACUAAGAAAAAGUUAAGGGAAUCAUAAUGUACUAUUUCAUCCAUCCACUUGAAAGUCAUGUUUAUACACAAAUGGAAUUUCUGACGCUUUUUCAAAUAUUAAAAAAAAUUGGGUUUUUUUUAGUGUUAUUUAGAAGAAGCUUUUGUUGAAGACUUGUUCAGUUUACUACCUUGCAUGCUGUUUAACUGUGAAAAAUAACCACUGUUUGGCUAGUUCACUGGAAACCUUACAAAAUAUUUAUUAUUGUCGUGAAAUAUUAAAGAGCAUUGCAUCCAUCAA